AUGUCUAAUAAACCUUCAGACCUUUCAAAGGCUUUAGAAGCGUCAAAUACUUCGAAGAAGAGAAAAAGAAAGAGAAAUAAUAAGGGAAAAUCAACGACACAAAAUUCUCAAACUGCCACUUCCAGCACCGAAACUACUGAAUUCCCAACUGGGAAUAAUAAUAAGAAGAUAAAGUUCGAUGAAGAUCAUGGUGGUGAUAACGUCAAAGUACCUGAAUACCUUUCUUCCUCAGAGUUAAUCGAAACAAACCAAGACAAAUUAAUAGACAUAAAACUUAACGAUGAGACAAAGGAGAAUAUAAUUAAGCCUAAGAAGAUAGAACAAAAUAUUAAAGAACCCAAGAAACCAAAAAAGAUGACCAAAGUCGUGAAUUAUGAAGAUAGUGAUGACGACGAGGAUGGAGAAAAUAAUUCAUACUAUAAAUCCAAAGACUUGUCUAAUUUACAAUUAUCGAAAAAAGCAUCUGAUCUCUACGGGGUGCGUCAAAGGUUACCGAUAUUUCAGCAUAAAGACGAAAUACUCCAAUAUGUGAAUAAUAAUCAAGUAACGGUUAUUAUUGGUGAAACUGGUUCUGGUAAAUCUACGCAAAUACCUCAAUUCUUGAUGCCCACUAAUAGAAAGCAAAUAGCAGUUACUCAACCUCGUAGAGUUGCGGCUGCAUCCUUGGCGGCAAGAGUUAGUGAGGAGUAUGGUUGUAGAUUAGGCCAAGAAGUUGGUUAUCAAGUUAGAUUUUCCAACGUUACACACCCCCAUAAAACUAAAUUGAAGUAUUUAACUGAUGGUAUGCUUUUAAGGGAAAUUAUGCUUGACGGAAAUCUUAAUAAGUACUCUACAAUUAUUAUUGAUGAGGCGCAUGAAAGAACAAUUUUGACCGAUUUAAUUAUGGGUUUCUUGAAAGAAUUAAUUGUCUCUAAAAAGAGGUCUGAUCUAAAAAUAAUUAUUAUGUCUGCCACAUUGAAUGCUGAACUAUUUAGUAAAUUUUUUGAUCAUGCACCAAUUUUGUUUGUUGAGGGUAAGAUGUAUCCUGUUUCCAAACACUACUUGGCAGAUUCGUCUGAAGAUAUUGCAGACACUAUGGUCAGAAGUAUUGUUCAAGUUAAUAUGUCCGAGCAGGAAGGUGAUAUUUUAUGCUUUUUACCAGGUCAGGAAGAAAUUGAUAGUUGUGUGAAUAUUUUACAACAAGUUGCACCCCAGCUACCUAAAGAAGCGCCUCUUAUUGUUGCAUUACCACUUUACGCGGCUUUGUCUCCAGCACAGCAACUGAAAAUCUUUGAGAAACUACCAGGAAGAAAAAGGAAAGUCAUUUUAGCUACAAAUAUUGCGGAGACCUCUAUUACAGUUAGUGGAGUUAAAUAUGUUAUAGAUUCAGGUCUUCGAAAAGUAAAGGUAUGGAAGCAUCAGCUUGGUUUAUCAACUUUAUUAACUACACCUAUAUCUCAAGCCUCUGCAAAACAAAGAGCUGGUAGAGCUGGUAGAGAAUCGCCAGGUAAAGUUUUUCGUUUGUAUCUGGAGAAGACUUUUUUUAAUCAAUUGCCAAAACAACAAGAGUCUGAAAUCAUGAGAAAUGAUAUUGUACUACCAAUAUUGACUUUGAAGAAGAUCGGGGUAGAUGAUUUACUCAAUUGGACAUGGUUAGAGCAUCCGGGGAAAGAAGCGAUUUUAAGUGCUUUAACAACCUUAUACUCUUUGGGUGCUUUGGAUGAUAGUGGUAAGAUAACUAAACUAGGAUAUAAGAUGUCCGUUUUACCACUUCCUCCACAGCUUUCUGUUGUUUUAUUGAGUGCCUUAGAUUUUGGUGUUUUAGGUUCAGUAAUAGAUAUAGUCGCAUGUAUAUCUGUGGAUAACUUAAUUUUGAAUGUUGGAAGUGGUGAUGGGGAACUCAGAGACGAAAUUAAUUUUAAAAGAAGAAACUACUGUCCAUUGGGAUGUAAACAAGGUGAUCUAAUUGCUGUAAAAGAAUUUUUCAAUUAUUACAAGGAAUUAAUAGAUAGCAACAAGGUUUCUGAGGCAAAAGCAUGGUGUAAGGAAUUGCACUUCAGUUACAAGGGUUUCAAAAAUGUGAUGAGAGUUAGAAAUCAAUUGAAGGACUACAUGAUGGCUACAAUAAGACAAGAUGAUACUCUCAAACAGCAUGAAAGAGAUCAACAAUUAAGGAAUAUUAGAUUACAACUUGAUACAGAAAUAUAUUCAGAUGAUGAUUCUGAUGUUGAAACAGGUGUCUCCAAACAAUCUCUUGAUAUUCCUUCAAUUUUAAAAUCAUUCUUGAAGGGGUAUAUUACUAAUACCGCCAUUGGUAUGCCAGAUAGAUCAUAUAGAACAUGUACCACUGGCCAGCUUAUCAGUAUACAUCCAUCUUCUACUUUAUUCGGUAAAGCUAACCUUGAUGCAAUUAUGUAUAUAGAAUAUGUUUACACUGCAAAAGGCUACGGAAGAAAUUGUUCUGUUAUUGAAUUAGGAUGGCUUCAAGAAAUAGCUCCACAGUUGCUUGGAGCCUCAAAAAUCAGUAUAAAUGAAUAG